AUGACACCAAAUGCUACCAGCAUCGUUAGCACAGGUGGUGCAUCAUCGAGGAUCAAUAUACAGACAAUGUCACGUAAUAGGUACAAAACAAUGAUAACUAAUGACAAUUCCACUCCGAAAGCUGAUGAUGAGAUUAAUGGUUAUAUUGACACUGUCAAGUGCCUGCAGCAUAUUGGGGAAAUGAAGAAAGGGGAUACUAAACAUUCUAAAUUUAUAUUAUAUCCUCAUUUCACCAAUUCUAAUGGUUUUGUCAAGCACUCAAACGUUAAGGAUGUCACUAGGAGCUCCCUACUCAAUGCCUUUGCAAUUUCUGGUGCUAGUGCCGUAUACAAUAUGAAACGUCCCUCCAGCACUACUUCAAUAUCAACAUUUUCUACCAUAACGAACGAUCCAGCUAUUUUGCCAUCUUCAUUGUUAAGGGAGAUUUUUAUGGCCUUGGUAGGGGCCCAGAUAAUCUAUAUUGUGGCAAAUGUCAUUGCUAAUUGUGAUGCAGCGGCAAUUAUAGCAGGUUCUGUUGCCAUACAGGCUAUUAUUUGCCAUUUGGAUGCCAGGCCUAUGUCUUACUGGGUAAGUGCGAUAUUAUCCAUCAAUGCAGCAAUUGCAUUAGUCCUUUCUUUGUUCUUGCGAUUUAAUGGCCUAGAACAAUUGCAAUUAGAUCCUGUUCUUAAGCGGAUGACGAUCUUUUACGCUUCUAUGGCUGUUAUAUUUGCAUGUAUAUGCUGCUACUUAGCUACAACAUUUGCUAGGCUAAUUUCGCACGAGAAGAAGUGUAUACAAAAGUCAUUAGAACGUAUAAAGACGGAUGAGGAGGUGGUGUAG